AUGGCUAAAUACAACUCCCGUCUGUCCGUUCUUAAAUUUUAUAUUCCCUCUUCCAUACGUGGACAUUUGUGUUUAUUAUUCAUUUCGUGUUUAAUAUCGGCGUCAUUCUCUUUUCUGCUAAUUUAUUCGAAUAUCCACGAUAUUGGCCUAUUUUUCACUUCUCUAUUCGCGCCAAUAUCUUUUAACCUUGCUUUAUCGAGAUCGGCAGAAUCAUACGCCGGAAGAAAGGCUGGUUUAUCAGUUUAUGAUCAAAAUAUUCUUUACAAUGAUUUCGAUUAUUUAAACAAUAGUACAUUAACUUUUGAAAAACGAAUCUAUUCUACGAAUAUACAAGUUCUAUAUCGUUUACCGAAGAAAAUACCCAUCUUCGCUUUAUUAUUGAUCUUUCAUGGAUGUAGUCGCUCGGCGAAUGAUUGGUUUACGACGAUCGAACGACAACGUAUUGUCGGCGCUGCCGUUGAUCUCGGCUAUGGUUGUUUAGCAUUUCAAUCAACUGAUCAGUUGUCACGUUGUUGGUCGAGUGAAAGUGAACUGUCACAGAAUCCAGAUGUACAAAUGGUAUGGAAUGGACUGGAUGAAUUUUAUAAAGAACAUCCGACACUAAAAUCAUUGCCACGAUUUACGUUCGGCGCGUCGAGUGGUGGUAUAUUUUCGAGUGUAUUUGCAACGAAUUCUCGUGAUAAAAUUCAAGGUCAAAUCAUUUUUAUUUCCAUCGUUCUUCCUGACGUAUUGGAAACACAUGUGAAAAAAGGAAACUAUCCAUCCACUGCUUGGAUAUACAUGACACGUGAUACGGAAUUUGCUUCCGAGGCGCGUAUCAACGAAUCGAUGAAGAUCUUUGCUCAACACAACAUUCCACAUAUAAGUUUUGCAAUCACACCUAUUCCAAUAACUGCAACGAUCUUUCACGAGCGAAUUCCAACGAUAACCAAAGAAACCUCGAAACAUAUUGUCUAUCUGCUUCAGAGCAAAAAUUGGUUAGAUGCCGAUGCUUAUCUCAGAUAUAAUCCGCGACGUCGAAAUACAUGGCGAGACUUUAUCUUUCUGACAAGCAAUAAAACAAUUACAAGUACAAGUAUUUUGGACAAUCUCAACGCUCAUCAAAAUGUUCUUCCUGAUUUCUUCAAUACACUUUACGGCGAACAUGAAAUUAGUUUCGAACGUUCAUUGGAAGCUUUGCAGUGGCAUCAACGAAUCUCAAAAUCGAAACAAAAUUUUACGUCCUAA